UCUCUCUCUCUCUCUCUCGGUGAUCUGCUCCUCCUCCGGUGCUCGCGGGCUCGGUAAGCGCGCGCGCGUUCUUUACCACCGCAGCGUCUCUCUCACGCGCAACACUUAUCCGGUCUGCCGUGUUCACGCUCCGCGCCCGGAGGUGCGCGUGAUAUCAGGGUAAAGUGAAGAAGUGAAAAUGACCACGGAGAAAGGUCCUGAGUCGGAGGUGAAGAAGACAGCAGAGGAACCGUCUCAACAGAAAGCAUCCGCAGGCAGAAUGUCAGAGUCUUCUUCUGAUGGCAAAAUGGCCAAGCAGGACCAAGAAGGCAAAUGUCCAGAUGAUCACAAAGAUCCGGACGAUGAUUCCGAACGAACGACACCGGGGAAGAGCCCCAAAUCGCCACAGAAGUCGUCCAAGCGCUUGAAGACUGUCCCCUUCAAGGUGACUCUCAUGGACAGCUCUGAUUACGAAGCUGGUAUUGAGAAGCACUGCAAGGGUCAGGCGCUGCUGGACAUGGUGUGUGACCAUCUCAACCUACUUGAGAAGGACUACUUUGGCUUGACCUUCACCGACUCAGACAGCCAAAAGAAUUGGCUGGACCCCUCCAAGGAGAUCAAGAAGCAAAUGAGAACUUCUCCUUGGCAUUUUGCCUUCGCCGUUAAAUUUUAUCCUCCAGAUCCUUCUCAGCUCAUGGAGGACAUCACCAGGUACUAUUUGUGCCUCCAGCUGCGUGAUGACAUCCUGUCUGGUCGUCUUCCCUGCUCGUUCGUCACUCACGCUCUGCUGGGUUCCUACACCGUGCAGGCUGAGCUCGGAGACUACGACCAGGAUGAGCACGCCUCAGACUACGUCAGUGACUUCCACUUUGCUCCUAACCAGACCCGUGAGCUUGAGGACAGAGUCAUGGAGCUGCAUCGCACCUACAGGGGCAUGACGCCUGCUGAGGCAGAAAUGAACUUCCUGGAGAAUGCCAAGAAGCUGUCCAUGUAUGGGGUCGACUUACAUCACGCAAAGGAUUCAGAAGGGAUUGAAAUCAUGCUGGGCGUUUGUGCCAACGGCCUGCUGAUCUACCGCGACCGCCUGAGGAUUAACCGCUUCGCCUGGCCCAAGAUCCUGAAGAUCUCAUAUAAAAGAAGCAACUUCUACAUCAAGAUUCGCCCAGGAGAGUAUGAGCAGUUUGAGAGCACCAUUGGCUUCAAGCUGAACAACCACAGAGCUGCAAAAAGACUCUGGAAAGUCUGCAUCGAGCAUCAUACCUUCUUCAGGUUAGUUUCUCCAGAACCUCCUCCUAAAGGUUUCCUCGUGAUGGGCUCUAAGUUCCGGUACAGCGGGCGAACACAAGCGCAGACGAGGCAGGCCAGCUCCCUGAUCGAUCGUCCUGCUCCUCAUUUCGAACGUUCCACCAGUAAGAGGCAUCUCCUCUCGCGCAGCCUGGAUGGAGAGUUCUCCAGGCCGCUGUCUACAAUGUUGGAACGUCAGGACGCUGUAUCCCAGAGGAGCGAGACACAGUGUUUCUCAGGAGAUGAGGAUGGAGAACCUGACCUGAGUCUUGACCAGGACCAAGAAGAUUCUGGUGUCACCACCCCAACCAGGAAGAAAGAGAUUAAGUUGGACACGGAGUCGACUCCUCGACACAAACAGGAGUUUCUGGAUAAAUCAGAAGACAUGCUGCUGAAGCACCAGGCAAGCAUCAAUGAGCUGAAGCGAGCCUUGAGGGAACCCAACAGUAAGCUUAUUAACCGGGAAAAGCGACUCUCAGCGACCUCACCGGGUGACACGCCCGAGAAAAAGGCUCCGCCUGUGGCCAAGAAAGAUAGGACCGCAGUGAGCAUGGCGCAUAUGCUGAAAAAAGGAGACUCCAAUGUGGAACCUCAGUCCAAUGGUUCUGGGCUUCCUCACAUUACAGACUUCCCAGAUCAGCAGCAGCCUGUGCAGGAGCUGGGUGACAGUGAUGGUAACUGUGAGGAGACCGUAGUCUCCGACAAUGAUGUCAUCCAGCCACAGGAGGGAGAUCCGAUGCAGAAACAGAGCAGGCUAAAGGAAGCGAAAGAGAACGGCUCACCUAUUAAAACAGGCAGCACUGGGAAGGAAUUUAUCGUGUCUCCCAUCAGCAACGAAAACGUCACUUCCACAACUACGACGCAGGUCACGAAGACGGUUAAAGGGGGAUACUCUGAGACGAGAAUCGAGAAAAGGAUCAUUAUCACAGGAGACGAUGCUGUGGACCAACAUCAGGCUCUCGCGAUGGCAAUACAAGAGGCCAAACAGCAGCAUCCCGACAUGCUCGUGACCAAGGCUGUAGUGGUCAGAGAAACAAACACUUCCUCUGAGGAGAAACACAGGACAUCCGAGUCCUGAUCACAGACUCAUCAGACUCAUCUGGAGAAAGGAGCCUCACCUUCAACCCCACCUUCUACAGCCAGCUAAAAGAAGCUAACCGUUGCUACUUAGACGAUCCCGCUCCCCGAACACACCCCGGCCUCUGGCUCCUCCUCCCUUAGACUCUGAUGUCGUAACCUCAUCAAUGCAGUGCACUUCCUCUAAAAUCGACCGUUUCGACCACUGCACUUCUCUUUCACUCCUCUGUUCACUCUUCUACCCUGAACUGUAUACAUGUUGAUAGCAAUCUCCAGUUUAGUCUCUUAAACUGUGAAUAGCAGAAACUUCCUAAAACUCUGGGGUUAAAAACAAAAACAAACAAACGGAAAGUAACCCAGCACUUGUCUCGUGUGUGCCGUCGGCGUCGUCUGUUUCAUAAGUUUACAUCUGGAUCCUUGCUCUAAAAUACCCAUAAUCCUUUAUAUUUUACUGUGGAAUACUUCUUUUUGUACUUCUUUCACGCAUGACUUUAGAAGAGGUUUGAGAUCGGACGCAGCCGGGAGUCACGCUUCCAAUCUUUCUGCUUGCUGUCACUUAUACGAUGCUCACCUGCUGUCUUUUUAUAAUAUAUGUAUAUGUAUAUAUAUAUAUAUAUAUAUAUAUAUAUAUAUAUAUAUAUAUAUAUAUAUAUAUAUUUAAAAUAGAUUAUCAAAAAGUGUUUGCUUGUUAAUUACAACUGAGCGUAUUUAUCGAUUAUAAACAUACGUAUGCAUGAUUAGCUGGUGUUGACGGAUUAAGAGUCCGAUCUUUGAUGUCCAGCUAGUUGCAUUUUCAGAUAAUAAAUAAUAAUAUUAAUCAUGGACAUAACAUUCGUAAAGUCCACUCAGAUGCCAUGCAGAUUAAUUCUAUACACGUGUCAUGCAUUGCAAAAAAAAAAAAAACAAAAAAAAAAACAAUCAAAAAAAUCCCUUUUUUUCUUUCUUUUCGUUUUCAUUGCGUCGGUUUCCCGAGUGCUCGAGCCCCCCGACGUGUUUUACCGUAUCCUUACUGAAAAAUAAUAAUCAGAAUAAUUAUAAUGAUAAUUAUUAUAAUAAGAGUUAUAUAAACCAUAUCUAGAGUUACAACAAAAGAAUUUAGGGGGAAAAAGAUUUUAAUAUAUGUUGUAUCUAAAAAAAAAGUUGAUGUGAUGUUUUAUUUUUAUUUGAUAAAAUGUAUGAGUGAGAAAGAUAUAUAUAUAAAAAUAUUUAAAUGAAUUGUGAACGUGAGCUUGUGGGUUUCCUCACUGCGUCACUGGCUUCCUUUAUAAUGCAGACUAAAUACAGACAUAAAGCCUGGCUUCAUAAAGGAGGAAGAGAUGUUCGAAUAACUUCAAAUCCACUUUAUUUGUAAAGUGUAAAAUUUUCUCAUGUGCACAAUCCGUUAAUAGGUUUCUGACACCUUGCUUUUUUUGUUUUCGAGUUGUUUCAUAAUGCUGAAUCAUCGCUGAAUCUAAACGAUGCCUUUAAGCUGAAUAAGAGAUAUUUCAGGAUUAAAGAGAAUACUCAAAACCGGCUCACUCACACUCGCACUCGCACUCUGACUCUUACUCACUCUCUCACUCGUACUCAUACUCUCUCACUCGUACUCAUACUCUCUCACUCUAUCACACUAUUUACUUCCUUAUGCGAUCAGCUGAAACUGCGAGGUCAGACGGGUGUAUUCUUAGAGCUACACUAAUCACAAUAAACCAAUUAAAAAAAACUCAUUGUUUAAUAUUAAAGAUUUACAUAAGUAGAAAUAGCUAAUAAUACAGUAUGAAUGGUGGCUUCAUGAUUAGCAUGUUUGGGGUUGGGGUCGUGUUGGGGGUUCGUCGAAUCCUGUCUCCACCCCAUGUUCUCCCUGUGGUUCUCUGGGUUCCCAGGUUUCCAUCCUUAAUCCACAGACGUGCGUCGUAGACUGAUCAGAUUGGCGACUCUAAAUUGUCUCUAGUGUGUGAGUGUGUGUGAGAUUGGGCUUUGAGAUGGUUUGGCCCCCACCUUGUAUGGCAACUCCAGCUGAUCUGAACACGGAUGUUAGGUUUUACUGUAAUCUCAUACAGUAAAAUGAACAAAUAGAUCUAUUUGACUAGGGUUUAUCCGAGUCUGCUUUAAAACAAUUUUUUUUCCAGUUGUGUAGCCUCCUAAAUGCCACACAAGUAGUUUGGCCAUUGAACAAAAUGUAGCCCACGAACCUCUUAUUUUAAUAAUAGCAAACAUUAAAUAGGUUUCUAACACAAUAUUUGUGUUCAGAUAUAAAUUCCCUCUAAAAUGCAUGUGAGAGCCACCGUAUAUUUUCCUUUAAUUUGUCCCUCAUCAAAAGAUCGCUUAAAGUUUUUUUUGUUUUUUUUCUUUUAAUUAACAAGGGUAUUAAACCGCAUGUUCUCAAAAUUUCUUAUCGUAAUUCUAUUAUGAUAUUCUCUUUUUAAUUCAUGACUAAAACCCCAGAGUUCAUUUUUAUUCUCUUCAAUAAAUUUGUUUCUCAUUUCCUAUUUAAUUCAUUACAUAAAAUAAUACAUUGUUAAUUACUCUGUACUCUUUAGUGUGUAUUCUUUACCAUACACACACACCAUGUCGUGUACCUUUAAUAAGCUUUAAUAGUAUCAGUGAUCCUUAAAGGACUUUACAAUAUCUGUUUGUUUAAAGCUAGAAAGGAUGUAGCUGUCAUGGUAACAAGAAAAACACAACUUUAGUACCUGUAUUUUUGACACUGUGUCAUAUUUCACAUAGAAUUAUUCGAAUCCAAACUGAAGAUUCUUUUUCCGACGAGAAAACAGAAGCGGAUAAUUAUUUUUGCGGCGUUUUCCUCUUUUAUUAUAAUUUAUUAUUAUUUCUAUAUGCUCGGUGUCCCCAAACUUUUGACCUACAGCGCACACUCCUUCCACUGAUAAAAGAUCCUGUCCUGUAGUUAUAAUGCAUCGCUUUUAACUACAGAUUUAAAACAAAUGGUUCCUUACAAACAUCACGUAAAAACUGCAAUUCGGUGAAAAAACAUCGACAAAUCUUGCAUUUGAAAGCUUCACACACUCGCCUCCGUCUUAGGCCACGGCUUUUUGUUUCUCUUAUGGUUUUCUCGGGGAUGAGAAGUGUCUCACGUCUGCUGUUGUAGUUGUGUGUGUGUGUGUGUGUGUGUGUGUGUGUGUGUUUUUUUUCAUUUUUAUAGCUGAUUAUUUUCAAAGUCUGUCAUCACUGGAGUUCCUGAAUCAUGUUUAAAGACUAUAUGAAAUGUCACCAGGCUUCCACAGAGUUGUGUUUAAUACACUUUUAUUUUUAAUUAUUAUUAUUAUUAUUAUUAUUAAUAUUAUUAUGUUGGCUAUUUGCUUGUGUUUCUGUUAAAGAAAGUGAUGGUCUGGUUGCAUUUAAAAGGCAAAAUGCAAAAAAAAAAAAAAGUGCACUUGUAUGGUUUCUGCCGAUUUGUUCGAAAGUAAAAUUCAAUCCUGAAGUCUGGAUCUGAUGUAUAAAUGCAAAUGAGGUGUAAUUUAAUGUCUGUCGAGUCUGUGGAGUGUCUUUUAAAAAAAAAACAAAAAAAAAACAAAAACGGGUGCCUUACUGUCAGAGUCGCUGGCACUUGCGGCAAAAGACGAACAGUUUUUCAGUAUUUCAUCAGCGGAAAUAAAGAGAUAUACAGAUAUAGGAUGGAUAUAGAUGCACUGAAGUAAGGCAAAGUGCCUUGUAUAUAUUUGGGCAGAGAGAUACUCUGUUUUUCUCUUUUCUUUUCUCUCUUUUCUUUUUAUUCGCAGCCCAUAAUGUUGAAAAGUUUAUAAGGUGUUUAUAACACAUGCAUAACCGUUGUAAAGCAACGCUGAUGGAUUAUUAUUAUUAUUUAUUUAUUUUUUUUUCAAAUGAAAGCUAGUUAAAGUUAAAUCUCGAUAGCGUUUACGGUCUUAAAAUGUUACAGUAAGUUAAGAACGCAUUCUAAUCCUCUCUAAAACAAACCGUGUUCUAGGCUUCUACAUUAGAACCUUUAGGGAUUCCUCCUGAGGUAAAAUACAACACCAUAUGGCCUCAAGAACCCAAACGUUUCUCUGGGUUUGUUUGUCUGGAAACAUCCUUAAAGGUUUCAUGUAGAACCUUAGAACAGCUGCUUUCCUUCUUAGAAAGGACUUUAGAUGCUUUUAACCAUAAACCAUCCAAAGGAACCUUUGAUCGCAUUCAUAAAGCUUCUGUGAAGUUGUCCUUAAUAUCACGUCUUUUAGGAUCGAAUUUAGAACCCUGUCUGGAUCUCUUACUUUUUUGAAGUGAAGAACAUUUCUUAGAAGCAAAAAAUCCUUUUAAUACUGUACCGAAUUCACAAACAAACGAUUUGAAUUAAAAACACAUAAGUAUAGCUGAAAGAAAAAAAAAAUAGGGGUUCUCCAGGGGUUCUUUACAUGGGUAAAGAUUCUUGGUUUUCCAAAUAAUUUCAUUGAAAUCCUUCUGCAUCGAACCUUCAUAGGUUCCACAUGAGCUAAAAACCAUAGAACCUUAAUGAAACCGUUUCUUUUUUUCAUACAGUUUGAGAUGUUUAUAAAAACAAUUCUAAUAGUGUUUUUGUGUUAUCCAUCUUAAAGCCUUAAUGUGUUGCCCAAUCAUACAUUUAUUUAGGAUCCACUGAGCCAUAUAAUAUCCAAAGAACCCUCAAAGAACCUAAUUUUCCCAUUUAUAAAGCAUGUGAAUCAUCUUAUUAGGUUGUGCUUACUAGAACAUUUUCAUUGAAGUUUAAUCGAGAACUGCAGUAUUAUUUAAUUCGCCUGAUUGGAAAUUGUACAACUUAUAACACGGUUCCUUGUCUGAUAGCAUUUAUUUGCUCGCUUAAAACGCAAGGUUCCAGGAAGAAGCAAAAAGCUCUCCAUAGAACCUUUUAGUAAAUGCUGCUUAAAAGAGCGGAUUUUUUAUUCAUAGUCCCUUAAACAUCCUUUUUAUAGUCUAAAGAACACUAUUGAACCUUUUGUGCAAUGCAAACCUUCCAUGGAGGAUUUUUUAUUUUUAAUAGAACCAUAGACAUUAACAAAAAAACAUUUAAGAACCUUUAUUUUUGAGAGUGUAUGGUCAAAAACUACACAAAGAAUCCAUGAAGAAACCAAGACACUUAGGAGACAUCUUCUCUGAUGUGUAAUCUUUAAUAGACUAAAUAAUAGGAUACACCACAUAAAUAGCACCUCCCUUAACAAAUCCAUCAGUAUUGCUUUCCAAACAAAUCCUACAGCACUUAUAAAUGUGUUAUAAAGCCCUAUGCACCCUUGUGUUAGCGAUGUUAUUUUGUCUAGCAUAUAGCUGAGUGAGCCUGCAUGAAUAUCCAGCAAUAUAAACAAUAAGAAUGAAGCCUACGCUCCAGAAAAGUCCUGUUCCACUUCAGCACCUAACGACCUGUGCAUGGCAUGAAGCAUAGACCCUUCUGAGACUCUUAUCCUUCUCCAUCACCUACUUCGGGUUCUUCGUAGUCGACCCUGUGCUUGAUGGCGUGUUUCUGCUGUAUGUGCAUUCAGUCAAUAAAUUCCUCAAUCCAA